CUACCCGGUACGGUACAUCCCUAGAUUGUACGCCUCUACCAAAAACCUUGCAGCACUCAAACCUCAGCGCUGAUUGCAAGUUAGAUCGUAGACUUUCUCUUGGCUUCUUAUAAGAAAGGUUCUCCUUCUGCUAUUCUAUGUCUUUACUUCUUUGUCUUUGAUCGAAUAAAAUUUACCAAUCCGAGAGGUAUUAAGGUGGGCAAUUAUGCAAGUUUCUAGAUUUUCAAGAAUUGGCAUUCAGGCUGUUAAACAGCUUGCAAGAGGCACGUGUACAUCCUUGUGCAGAACAGAAUUUAUGAGAACACCUUAUAGUCAAUGUCGACAACCUUGGAUUGAAUUAUAUCCAGAGCGGAAGGUUUUCCAAGGUACCCUAUUUCAGAAGCAUUAUCUGUUUUCUACCACAGCUUCUGGUAGCGAUAUUGGGGUUGGAAGCGAAGGGAAGGACACGAUAUCUGUAACAUUUGUGGAUAAGGAUGGAGAGGAAAAGCACAUCAAAGUUCCAGUUGGAAUGUCUAUGUUGGAAGCUGCUCAUGAAAAUGAUAUAGAACUUGAAGGAGCAUGUGAAGGCUCACUUGCUUGUUCAACAUGUCAUGUGAUUGUCAUGGAUGUGGAAUAUUACAACAAAUUAGAAGACCCAACUGAUGAGGAGAAUGACAUGUUGGAUUUGGCCUUUGGCCUCACAGAAACUUCUAGAUUGGGUUGUCAGGUGAUUGCAAGGCCUGAACUUGAUGGAGUUCGCUUGGCUAUUCCUGCUGCCACAAGAAAUUUUGCCGUUGAUGGGUUUGUUCCAAAACCUCACUAGACAUGGAGCAACACUGGAACCUGUACGCAAAGUGUAAAGGACGCAAUCAUCCCAGUUUUGUAGCUUACAAAUUGUAUUCAAGCAAUGAGCAUCUCCAGUCCUAACCUAAUUUAUUGAUUGUCAUUGAUUAUUACUUAUUUUCAAGGGGAAUAUGGGAUUAUUACGUAUUACUUGGAAUUGAGAUUUUUGAAUCCAGAAUAAUGACAAAAAGGAAUGCCCGAUGCAUUACAAUACUUGUAAUUCUACUUCAAUUAAAGCUCUUUACCUUACGGGGCAA